AGCAGCAGAUAUGCUCGCACUGGACCCCGGAAGUGUGUGUGACCCUCAUCAUUAUUUCUAACCCAUGAAACCCUUUAAACAGCUCGAGAAAUGAAAUUAUCUGUUUCUAUCUUCCCAUCGCUCGUCUGAGAAUCACAACUGGUGGAUAUAAUCUCAUUUAGGAGGCGGGUCCAGACUGUAGAUGCCUUUGAGUUCAAACCCGACAGGGUUCGAGAGGAUGUCAUUGUGAGGGACACUCUGUGUGGUGAGAAUGCAGUCUUCAGGACACCGGUUGAGGGAUGUGGAGCAGCACCAGCCGCUGCUCAGCGGAGGGGAGGACGAGGUGGCAGCCAGCCGUAUCUGGUUUAUCCAGGACAGCUGCGGGAUGGUGUGCGCCUUCAUGACCUGGUUUCUUGUGAUGUACGCAGGAUUCGUGGUGAACUUUGUCAUGCUGCUCCCCUCCAAAAGCUUCUGGUACUCUCUCAUCAACGGUGUGGCGUUUAACUUCCUGGCUGUGCUGGCGCUGACAUCGCACCUUCGAACCAUGCUGACGGAUCCGGGAGCUGUUCCUAAAGGUAACGCCACUAAAGAAUACAUGGAGAGUCUGCAGCUGAAGCCAGGAGAGGUCAUCUACAAGUGUCCCAAAUGCUGCAGCAUUAAACCAGAGAGGGCGCACCAUUGCAGUAUCUGUAAGAGAUGCAUCAAGAAGAUGGAUCACCACUGUCCUUGGGUCAACAACUGUGUGGGCGAGAACAAUCAGCGAUUCUUUGUGCUCUUCACUAUGUACAUAGCCUCUAUUUCAUUGCAUGCACUGUGUCUCAGCGGUUUCCACUUCUUCACCUGUGUCAAAGUCCAGUGGAAUGAGUGUAGUGAUUUCUCUCCACCUGUGGCGGUCUUGCUGAUGAUUUUCCUGUGUCUGGAAGCGCUGCUGUUUCUCACCUUCACUGCUGUCAUGUUCGGCACUCAGAUUCACUCCAUCUGUAAUGAUGAGACUGAAAUCGAGCGAUUAAAGAACGAGAAGCCCACGUGGGAGCGGCGGGUGCGAUGGGAGGGGAUGAAGGGUGUUUUCGGCGGGCCGCCCUCUCUGCUCUGGUUCAACCCUUUUGCUGGACUCCGUCUUCAGGUACUGAUGGUUCGUGCCCGGAAGAACGGGGCCGAGUUCUCAGUCUGAGCGCAGAAUGCUGUCUGCCUUCAUGCCUAUUACCCCCCUCACAUAGGACCUAGGACUCCUUCCUUUAAUGCUGAAGCAGAUUCGGAGGUACUACGGUGAAAACCUGUUAAAUAACUGAUGCCGCCCCUGGAACAAUGAGGCUACGUCUCACAUAUUAUUACCUCGUAAGGCGGAUCAUAUUUGUUAUGCUCAUAUUGUCUUCAUGAACAUUCAUUUAUUUUUGUUGUUCGGAAAUUUGCAGAACAUUUGAAAGGCGUCGAUAUCCGUUAUCCAGCCUGAAGAAAUAGCAUUUAGAGCUACCACGUGACACAAAUAACGGUUGUUUAAAGAAAUAGAUCAUAAACCAAACUGCAAUUUGCAAAGGAAUGUGUUUUUGCCAGAAAAAACUAAAAAAAGUUUCUUUGGUGAAUCUCACAGAAGCUUUCAGGAAAUGUCCAGGAGGUCACAUCAAAAUCAAAAUGAGAAAAUAAGAAAUUAUAUUGCACUAUAUUGCCUAAUACUAUUUUAUUUACGUUGAAAGGAAAUGCUUUAUUUGCAUUAUUGUAAUGCAAAUAAAAAUAGAUAAUCUAUUAUUUAAAAUGUUAAGUAUUUAUACAUCAUUUGUACUCAAUUUAAUUUUAGUGACUUUUUUUUCACACUACACUGAUAAUUUAAGUUGCUCGAUUAUACGUACAAUAAUGCACAAGAAAAUCUUUUUUUUUUUUUGUUAUUUAAAAUAUAAUUAAUAGUUUUUUUUCUUUUGAUUUGAUUUGGUUUUGAAACACGAACUGGACAUUUCCUUGUGAGAUUGGCUGUUUUAGAGGUUAAGUGUUUGCGGCUUUAGUGCAUAACCUAAAUGAUAAAGUCAGUCUCAUCUUCAUGUAUUGUAGAGAUAAUAAUAGCCUCAUUCUGUCUUCAAAUGAAUGCCAAUCCCACAAAGAGCUUGAAUGGACGUGUGAAUAUAUAUAUAUAAUUCUCACAAUGACCUUAAGCUGUUUUGUGAGAGAAAUAAAGACAAAUCACAUUACAGCACACAUUAUUAAUGUAUGUAGGCCCACGGCUGAGCCAGGAACUCUAAUAAACGUGUAGAGUACAAUUUUAACACACGGCGGUAAAAUGAGCUGACGUGGACGAAUGCUGCACAAUUCUAUCACUUUGUGUUUUAUACUGUGUUUAUCGUUAAAUCGGGUUUCAUCGUCUUCUUCACUUUUACCUUUAGCUUAGAGAAUCGCUUCAUGGUGACCACUAAGUUUUCCUUUUGGAGAAUAUUUUCAUCAUAUAACGCUGGAACGAUGUGUGUGUUGCUGUGCUUUUCAAGGGAAUCUCACAAAAUCCGUCAAGAACAUAUUUGACGCCCAAAUUAUUUUAUUU